CUUGCCCGUCAACAGACGGUGUCGCACCGUCAGUUUCUCCCGCCGCGCCUGAAAGGCGUUCAGUGUCGAGCCGAAGAAACGCGCGCUUCCUCCGUAACGUUCGUUUUUUUUUUAUUUUUUCGUAAACAGAGAGGUCGAGUGCGUGAGCACUCGAGUGUGCAGACCGGUGCAAGAGGAACGUCGAUAGAAUGUAAUCGAAUCGCCGCGGGACUGUUCGCCGUCAGUUAGCCGGUAAUUUCACAUCACGCAGGUGCAGCAGAGAACUAAGAUGUGCAAACCAGCCAGGAAGAAACGUUCUUAAUGUCGAAUUGGAUGAAACCCGAGGUGUAUACUGCUUGACACGGACAAAUUGGUGCAAAAAAAAAAAAAAAAAAAAUGACGAAAAGGUUCGAGUUCAAUUGGCAGAUCGAAGUACCGUCAUCACUUCGUCAGGGAUGCGUGUUCGAUCGGUGGACAGAGGAGAAGGACAACACGGAUCUCGAACUAAAUUGCUUGUUUAAAGUCGAUGAAUACGGGUUUUUUAUCUACUGGCAAAGCGAAGGAAAGGACGGAGAUGUUAUAGAGCUGUGUCAAGUAAGCGAUAUACGCGCUGGCGGAUUACCAAGGGAUCCAAAGCUUUACGACAAGCUUCUCACGAAGCACGGAGAACAAUUGGAGGAAAAAUGUUUAACCAUCUGUUCUGGCGUAGAUUAUACCAAUAUUAAUUACCAGCAUGUCGUUUGUCCGGAUCCAGCGACGGCUAAGGUAUGGCUGGAUGGUAUACGAUCGAUUACGCACAACGUGAAAGCCAACAACGUUUGCCCCCUUACGUGCUUGAAGAAACAUUGGAUGCGACUUAGAAUGUUGGUUGAUCCAAAUGGUAAAGUCCCAGUGAAAGUGGUCGCGAGAACUUUCGCAUCUGGAAAGACGGAAAAGCUUGUUUAUCAGUGCCUCGCCGAUUUAGGCCUAUCUAGUGGAAAGAACGAUGUCAUCGAGCCUGAAGAUUUCACAUUCGACGCGUUUUACGCGCUGUACCACAAAAUCUGCCCGAGGAACGACAUAGAGGAGUUAUUCCAGUCCAUCACCCAGGGCAAAGCGGACACUAUCAAUUUGGAACAACUGGUCACGUUUCUAAACGAGAAGCAACGCGAUCCAACUUUGAACGAGAUAUUGUAUCCGCUGUACGACGAGAAGAGGGCGUUAGAGAUUAUACACGAUUACGAACAGAAUGAAGUAGCGCGAAAUCAAAAAACGAUGACAAAAGAUGGUUUUAUAAGGUACCUGAUGUCCGAUGAAAACGCGCCCGUUUUCUUGGACAGGCUGGACGUCUACAUGGACAUGGACCAACCGUUGGCUCAUUACUACAUUAACUCGAGUCACAAUACGUAUUUGAGUGGCCGGCAAUUUGGUGGCCGAAGUAGCGUUGAGAUGUACAGACAAGUGUUGUUAGCUGGUUGUAGGUGCGUCGAAUUGGAUUGUUGGGAUGGUAAAGGAGAGGACGAGGAACCGAUAAUUACACACGGUAAAGCUAUGUGCACGGACAUCCUCUUCAAGGACGUGAUUUACGCAGUACGAGACACUGCGUUCGUCACGUCGGAAUAUCCGGUGAUUCUUAGUUUUGAGAACCAUUGCAGCAAGAAGCAGCAAUACAAGUUGGCAAAGUAUUGCGACGAAAUUUUAGGAGACUUGCUUCUCAAGGAGCCUCUUAAAGAGUAUCCCCUUGAACCAGGAGUGUCCCUACCACCGCCUAACAUGCUCAAACGUAAAAUUCUGAUAAAAAACAAACGUUUGAAACCCGAAGUAGAGAAACAUGAAUUGGAAUUAUUUCGGCAAGGUCAGUUUGUCAUCGAAGACGAGGUGAAAGAGGAUGCAAGCGCACCUCCGUCUGUCGCAGCGGUCGUUGAGCAACAAUCAGUGAAGGAAGAAGUUUCGACGGUUGAGUCAGUAGCAUCGUCGACGACUGGCAAUCAACAGCAGUCCAGUUCUAGCACAGGCUUGGGCGACACGUUGGAAUUAGCGGUGGUUCAACCGUACACCGGAAGCACAACAAACGUUCACCCAUGGUUGUCCUCUAUGGUCAACUAUGCUCAACCCAUAAAGUUUCCGGGCUUCGAUGUUGCCGAACGUAAGGCAAAGCUUUCCCACGGUUAUGCGUUUAAAAGAGAGAAAAGAUUCAUGAUCAUGCCCUCUUGUACAGAAAAGAAUAUUCAUCACAACAUGUCUUCCUUCGCGGAAACCGCUGGCCUGAAUUACUUAAAGACGCAAGCCAUCGAGUUCGUCAAUUAUAACAAGCGUCAAAUGAGCCGGAUUUAUCCGAAAGGCACUCGGGCGGAUUCAUCGAAUUAUAUGCCACAGGUCUUCUGGAACGCUGGCUGUCAAAUGGUCUCGUUAAAUUUCCAAACCGCGGACUUGCCGAUGCAGCUGAAUCAGGGAAAAUUCGAGUACAACGGUUCCUCUGGUUACCUACUGAAACCGGAUUUCAUGAGACGAGCCGAUCGAAGUUUCGAUCCUUUCGCAGAGAGCCCCGUGGACGGUGUAAUAGCUACUCAGUGCAGCGUCCAGGUAAUCGCGGGCCAAUUUUUAUCCGACAAAAAAGUCGGAACGUACGUGGAAGUGGAAAUGUAUGGUUUACCAACAGAUACAAUUCGUAAAGAAUUUCGGACAAGAGUAGUUCCAGCGAACGGCCUGAAUCCCGUGUAUAACGAAGAACCUUUCCUCUUUCGAAAAGUCGUCCUACCCGAUUUGGCAGCCUUGCGAUUCGCGGUUUACGACGAGUCAAACGGCAAAUUGCUAGGUCAGAGAAUUGUCCCUUUGGAUGGUCUACAGUCUGGAUAUCGGCACAUAUCUCUGCGAACUGAAGCGAAUUUCCCCAUGUCUUUACCUAUGCUGUUUUGUAACAUCGAGAUCAAGAUAUACGUACCAGAUGGAUACGAGGGACUUAUGGAUGCGCUUACGGCACCACGGGCCUAUAAAAAAUCUGAAAAUGCGUCGCAGAAUAAAAUGCGUGGGCUUGGGAUAGAGGAAAGCGACAAUAAAGGGCACUCGGAUUCCAUGCCUACGCAUCAUCGCGAAGCACCUAAACCGCGUGAGGAAAUGAAAUUCAACCCCAUAACGGCGGACGUGUUGCGGCAAGAAAAGGGAUAUCAAAAGGUGCUCCGAAAGCAACAAAAGGAAUUGGAAUCUUUAAAGAAGAGGCACCAAAAAGAGAAACUCACCGUCCACAAACAACAUUGCGCUGCGAUAGACAAGAUCAUUAAAGGGAAAAAUAAAGCGGAACUUUCGAGAGAUCCGACCGUUCGCCGCGAGGUUUCCGAACAAACUGUUCAAUGGUCUCGAUUGGCCGAUAGACAACGACGCGAGGAACGUGACUUGGUACGUUCUCAUCUGGAGGAACGACGGAAUACCUUGCGAAAAUUGUGCGUGGCUGCUCAGCUGGCCCAGCAGAAGCAAUUAACCGCACGACAUGAACGUGAGAUCAAAGAAAUGAACGCGAGACAGGCGAGACUCUCGGUAGAAAGUAUGAGGGAAGUAAUGAACGAUAAAACAUUGAAGACUCGCGGGAUCAAAGAGGGUCGGCUUAGAGAGAAACAGCAGAACAAUACGAAAAAAUUUAUGGAGGAGAGGAAAAUCGCACAAAUGAUUCAAAAUAGAGAGAAGGAGAAACUGAAAGUAAUUCACGAAAAACAACUGGAGGAAUUGCAAAAAGACAUGAAUGCGGUUAUGGAUAUGUACAACAACGAGGAUAUGGAAUAUGAGUUGGCCCCUAAAACCGAAUGCUACGUGUAAUGGCCGACAGAUUGACUUGUAAAGCUUGCAAAAAAAACUAAGAUGCUGCUGCGUUCAGAGAAUCCGCUCCUAUCGUUAAUUACAACUGGAAUUGGGAUCAAGCCUCGUUAGCUAUCGUUCUCAGUUAUCAUGGGAACCGGAAGCAACAGACAAACCGCGUUAAUCGUACUCUAGUUCAUUCUCCUGAAUAUUUUUUUAUAAAAAAGAGCAUCUUGUAACUUCAUACUUUCCGUCGUCACACGAGCAAGUACCUAGACUAAAUAAGGGAGUCAAUAAAAACUAAAGUGAUCUA